UCACAUACACAAAUGUCCCCCAUCAUGUCCGAAGAUACGAACUUAAAAUUUCAUUAAAGAGAUUCAGAACUUAUCAAGUAACUUAAAUUAAUCAAAUCACGUGGGUUUUAACGAUGGUGUUUCGGUUAACUCUUGCUGCACCGGAAAAGUCGACAUUAACCCCUUAAAGACGCCCAUCUCUUGCGAUGAUGUGACUCUCUAGCACUAGAAGAUUACCAUUUCGAUAUCCAUAACAACAUAACAAUGAGUGUAUUCGAAAGUCUGCAACUCUGAAUACAAAGACAGGAUCGAUUCUUGAUGUACUUGACGUUGUUGUUGUUGGCAAGGCUCUGACCAGACCGUAGAUACAAACAUGCGGAUUCUGUGUUUUGAAAGAGACAACAUGACCCAGUGCACGGAACCGAACACCGAUUCCGACAUGUACACCGCCAGCUUCGAGCUUUACCCUUUUUACGAGGGCUCGACGUUCUCCUUCUACAAAGGCUUGCUGGACGGCAAAGGUCCACUGAGGGGUCAGUUCUGCGUUGUCCGGGCAAUGCUGGACCGAGCUGGGUACGCCACGGACUGGGAGCAAGUCGUGAAGAGAGCCACGUACGCCCAGCUCCUCGCGGUGGAGUUCAACCGCCACGUCGGGUACAGCGCCGUCAACUUCCAGAGACCCAUGCUGACCCAGGUCGAGACGGUCUCAGACUUCACCUGCGUCUUCCGGUGCUUUGUGCCGCACGACAAGAGGCUCCAGCGGGAGGAAUACGUGACUCUAGAGCCGUUUAUCGACGGGAAGUUUCGGAGAUUUGACUUCCGUCCGGCGAUUUCCUCUGUGGCUCUUCCGAACCACGAAGCGGAGGAUAACGACGAAGGCGUGGUGGUGAACGAUGACGUCAAGGAUAACGCGAGCGACAACAUCCCGGAUGCUGCUGAAGAAAAAGCUUUCAAUAUGGCGGCUGCGUUCAGCCAUUUCACCUGGCAGACGACCAAAUCCAUCCUGGUGUGUGACCUCCAGGGGUUCUUCUCGGGGCUGAGCUACACGCUGACCAACCCACGGAUACACUCCGUCAAGGGCGAGUUCGGGGACAUGGACGGCGGCUUGCGGGGGAUCGCAGAAUUCUUCUCCACCCACCGGUGUAACAACGUCUGCAGCAAGUGGGAGCCGUUCUCGUCCCCGCGGCACGUGCCGACCAAGGUCAACUUCUACCACAUGCCGCAGGCCCCCUCCUCCUACUACAACUGCAACCCGGCCGAGCCCUCGGCGCCUCUACAGUUUGAGAAUGGCUUUGAGUUUUCAGCUGUUUAAAAAACUCAACCAUCAUGUGUUUUUGUGUUAGCUUCAGCCAGGCGGUAAUAUAAAGUAACGGAUCAUAAGGGGUAACAAAGACAGCAAAGAAACGAAAAAAAAAAAAAAAAA